GGGCCCACGAAAGCAUAAAACCAACCCAGCAGUGCGCUUCGCUUUGGCAAGGCCACAAAGACAGUGCCAUUACUUCGCACCCUCCGGAGAUUUACUGAUUCAGCUGGCGACCCCUCGGUUGGGGAAGCAUCAAGCGCUGCAUGCUGGAAGUUCAAGCGGGACAUCGGGGAGCAGCCCAAGGUGCAAAAUGCUCCCUCAUGGUAGCAGGUCCGGGACAGGUGAGCGAGGCUCUGUCCCACUCGGGAGAAGAUGCUGACCCCGCCGACCAGGAGUGGUCCAACCAGCUUCGUCCCUGCGUCCUCGGGGAGAUGGAUUCAUUCUGCUUUGCAUGUUUCCAGAAGGAGGAGCUGCAGCCCUUACAACUGAACAGUGUGACAAUGAGUGCGGGCUCUAUUGAGCAGGAGCCUUCACGCAAGCUGGCCUGCUGUGGUGUUCCCCUCAUCACGGAGGACAUGCAGUCGCUGGCCAUCCGCACGCUCUCCGGCACGGACAUCAACAAACACUAUGACCUCAUCCGUGAGCUGGGAAAAGGAACUUACGGCAAGGUGGACCUCGUCUCCCACAAGAGCACAGGCACCAAGAUGGCACUGAAGUUUGUCAACAAGAACAAGACCAAGCUGAAGAACUUCCUGAGGGAGUUCAGCAUCACCAAUACGUUGUCCUCAAGCCCCUUCAUCAUCAAGGUCUUUGACGUGGUCUUUGAGACUGAGGACUGCUACGUCUUCGCCCAGGAAUAUGCGCCGGGCGGAGACCUCUUCGACAUCAUUCCUCCACAGGUGGGGCUGCCUGAGGACAUGGUGAAGCGCUGUGUGCAGCAGCUGGGCCUGGCGUUAGAUUACAUGCACAGCAAAAACUUAGUGCACCGGGACAUCAAGCCGGAAAACGUGCUCCUUUUCGACCGCGACUGCCGGCGCGUCAAGCUGGCCGACUUCGGCAUGACGCGCAAGGUGGGGUGCCGGGUGAAGCGCAUCAGUGGGACCAUCCCGUACACGGCCCCCGAAGUGUGCCAGGCCGGCCGGGCCGAGGGCUUCGCCGUAGACACCAGUAUUGACGUGUGGGCCUUUGGGGUGCUCAUCUUCUGCGUGCUGACGGGCAACUUCCCCUGGGAGGCCGCCUCAGCUUCGGACACGUUCUUUGAGGAGUUUGUGAGGUGGCAAAAGGGGCGCCUGGCCGGCUUGCCCUCCCAGUGGCGACGCUUCACAGACAACGCGCUACGGAUGUUCCAGCGCUUGCUGGCCCUCGACCCGGAGAAACGUUGCCCUGUGAAGGAGGUCUUCUUUUUCAUCAAGUACGACCUGAUGUCGGAGGUCCGCCGGCGGCCGUCGUACCGCUCCCGCAAGCACACCGGGGACAAGCUGUCCGCCGGCCCUCACCGCCACGAGACGCCCAGCGCCUGCACCCCAACGCCCCUCAAGAGGACCAUCCUGACGGAAGGCAGCGUCUCCCGGCUGUCCGCCUCAGAGUCCGGCCUCCCUUCCCCAGGGGGAGGGAACAGAACUGAUGGCCGUCAGGACAAAGGCAAAGGCCAAAUGGUGCUGGCCACAGCCAUUGAAAUCUGCGUCUGACGAGGGCACGGCCGGCCCCUCUGUGCCUCACAGCCUGCAGUUAAGAUGUCAGCAACGCAGUGUCCUCUCCUGCUCUGGGACAGGCUGCGUGCAGAAGAAUUCCUUAUUAUCCCCAAAGGGACCAGGAUCCAUAUCUUUCAAAGCAAAAAAAAA